UCUAUAACGUAACUAAAAAAAUGCAUUCCCAAUUAAUGAAGAAUACAGUAAAUAGUAAAGUGGCAGUAAUUUCCGCAAAAAAAUUUAAUUUCUAGUAAUUUAACUUGUGGGAUUACUUGCCAAUCGUAAUCAAAUAAACCUAAAUUUCUAAAUUAUACACUUUACGGACUUUGGUCGCAGCAGAGCAAAUAAAACAUAAACAAGAGCAUUUCGGAAUUUGUCAAACAUCGAUUACGAAAAAUAAUAAUUGUCAUUAGAGAAAGUUAAAUUACAAGGAUACCGCUUUAUUGGAUAAGUAAUUAAAAAGCAAGGAAAUGGGUUAUCACGAUCGAGACCGUGGACGCCGAGAUCGACAUCGCUCGCGCAGUCGUUCACGUUCGCGUCACCGAGAUCGCUCGCGGCAUCGUAUAAGGAGACGUAAACCCUCACUUUAUUGGGAUGUACCACCGCCAGGAUAUGAACAUAUAACACCAACGCAAUACAAAGCUUUGCAGGCCUCUGGCCAAAUACCAGCAAGUGUUAUACCCGACACCCCACAGGCCGCAGUACCUGUAGUGGGCUCAACUAUAACGCGGCAAGCUCGACGUCUAUACGUAGGCAAUAUUCCUUUCGGUAUAACCGAAGAAGAAAUGAUGGAUUUCUUCAAUCAGCAAAUGCAUUUAAUAGGCUUGGCACAGGCGGAGGGCAAUCCAGUACUUGCAAGUCAGAUAAAUUUAGACAAAAACUUUGCUUUUCUGGAGUUUCGCUCCAUUGACGAGACGACUCAAGCAAUGGCCUUCGAUGGCAUACACCUUCAAGGACAAAGCCUUAAAAUUCGACGACCGCACGAUUACCAACCUAUGCCAGGCAUGACAGACGAACCUACCAUUAAAGCGCCAGUAUCACCUGGCGUCAUAUCUACUGUAGUUCCAGAUUCACCACACAAAAUAUUCAUUGGGGGUCUACCGAACUACUUAAGUGACGAUCAGGUUAAGGAGUUGCUACUAUCCUUCGGGCAGUUGCGUGCUUUCAAUUUGGUGAAGGAUGCUGCAACGGGGUUGAGCAAAGGAUAUGCGUUUUGUGAAUAUGUAGAUUUGAGCGUUACAGACCAAGCUAUUGCUGGCUUAAACGGUAUGCAGUUGGGAGACAAAAAACUAAUAGUACAACGCGCGAGUGUUGGUGCAAAGAAUUCGCAAACUAAUUCCACCUCUGUGGCACCUGUCACCAUCCAGGUGCCUGGUCUAUCAAGUCUCGUCGUAAAUUCUGGGCCACCAACCGAAGUUCUUUGUUUGUUGAAUAUGGUCACACCCGAUGAGUUACGCGACGAAGAUGAAUAUGAAGAUAUUUUGGAGGAUAUCAAAGACGAAUGCAAUAAAUAUGGAGUUGUUCGCAGUGUUGAAAUACCGCGACCCAUUGAGGGCGUUGAUGUGCCCGGUUGUGGUAAAGUAUUUGUCGAAUUCAAUUCAGUUAUGGAUUGUCAAAAAGCACAGCAAGCGCUAACGGGACGCAAAUUCAGUGAUCGCGUUGUAGUGACUUCCUACUUUGAUCCGGAUAAAUAUCAUCGACGUGAAUUUUAAAAAUAAGUUCAAUUGUACUUUGUUUUUUAUAAAUAGUUAUCUCUUUUAAUACUUCAAAAACACCUCAAUAUGCGUUCUUUGUACUUUGUAUCGAAAACAUUAUUUCAUUUUUUGGUCAAUCGGCAGUUUUUCUAGAUGCCUUUCAGUAUUAUGAAUAUCAUUAUGGCACGGUCUCUGUAACUUAGAUAGGCGAGAGGCAUUACAUUCAUCAUAUAAUCAAUAAAAACCAGCCUGUGCAGGCAUUGUUAUUAUGACGGAA